CAUGGAUCUUUGACAGAGGGUUUCCUUUCCGGCGCAAUAUUCUGUGACGCUGAUUUUAUGAGAUCUUGUGGAGUAAUCAAAUCAGGUAGCACAAUGUUAUAUGAUGUACGGUUACAACAAUUUGUUUAUUUGUAUCUCGGCGGCCUGCUGUUGUUUUUAGCGGGGCUCGAUCAGGUAGAAGCGGCCACCACUGAAAUGGCCAACCUGAACUGGAAACCGUUCAUCUACGGAGGGAUGGCCUCGAUUGUCGCAGAAUUCGGUACGUUCCCCAUAGACCUGACUAAGACGCGGCUGCAGGUGCAGGGCCAGUCCCAGUACAUGGAGGUGCGCUACCGGGGCAUGUUCCACGCCCUGUUCAAGAUCGGCAAGGAGGAGGGCAUCAAGGCACUGUACUCUGGGAUCUCCCCAGCUCUCCUGAGGCAAGCCUCCUACGGGACAAUCAAGAUCGGGACAUACAACACACUGAAGAGGUUAUUUGUGACCCAUCCGGAAGAUGAGACUAUGGUGAUCAAUGUGUUCUGUGGAGUGGUGUCUGGAGUCCUGUCCUCCUCUCUGGCCAACCCCACUGACGUUGUCAAGAUCCGCAUGCAGGCCCAGGGCAGUCUGUUACAAGGCAGCAUGAUGUCCAACUUCAUAAACAUCUACCAGACAGAGGGAACCCGCGGCCUGUGGAGGGGCGUCAUCCCUACAGCUCAGCGGGCAGCCAUCGUAGUGGGAGUGGAGCUUCCUGUCUAUGACAUCACUAAGAAGCAUCUCAUCAAGUCUGGCACCAUGGGAGACACCAUACUCACACACUUUAUUUCCAGUUUUACGUGUGGCCUGGCGGGGGCGCUAGCCUCCAACCCAGUGGACGUGGUGCGGACGCGUAUGAUGAACCAACGAGUGCUAUCUGGGAACCCCAUGUAUAAAGGCACGCUGGACGGAUUGAUGCAGACCUGGAAGAACGAGGGAUUCUUUGCCCUCUACAAGGGCUUCUGGCCCAACUGGCUGCGUCUGGGGCCAUGGAACAUCAUUUUCUUCAUCACGUUCGAGCAGCUGAAAAAACUCCCCUUAUAGUUGGAACAGGGAGUGGACACUCCGUCGGACCAGAGUGUAUCGGAGUGCGGGAAACACCCCAGCCCUUUGUCUGCGUUACAUUCACGAUCCCUCCCUCGUCACACAAUCUAUGUCUGCAUGCUCAUCUUAGUUUUAUUUUAACUUUUAAUAAUAUUUAUUAUUUUAACUUUAUUAUUUGUGUUGUGUUUUAAACAUUUCCUCAUACUCAUACCCCUCAACCACCCUUGAUGCCACUCCUGGCAGCUAAAGCUUAGGUUGUAGCUGAGGACGGAUGCCCGUUUGGGCCAUAAGGUAUUAGCUAGGUACGCUGACUGCCAGCUUGCUACCGUUUUAAAGUGAACUUGUGGGAAAAGGAGGAGGACUAUCCUGUGUGCAACGGUAACUGGAGAUCUACUUGAGCUUUUUUAGGGAUGUGGAAUAGGCCUCUGAUUGUGUCUGGCUAGUUUUUAACCGCAUCUCUCCACUGCAUGGGAUGUGCAAGAAAAAGAUAGUGGCUGUUAAAUGUAUAGGAUUGGGUUUUUGCCUGUCUGAUCUGACUUUUAAAUAAUGUCUUCACUGUUUUGGGCAGAGCUAGCUAGAAGAGAAUGCAAAGCAUGGUAGGUUAACCAGGUUGUUAUUGUCAAAGAUAAUUUAUUCUCAAUUACUUUCCUGGUUAAGGUUACAAUAGGUGCUGUUUAGUCUGUUAGAGGAACUCAGGACAACGGUGACCUACAUGAAAAAAUACUAUACUAUGGCUAAAUACUAUAGUGUUCACUGUAGUGUUUUUUUCUGCCUUUACUGUAGUUUUGCGGACCUGACUGUAGUAUUUACAGUUUACUAUUGUAUAAAUACUGUAGUAAGGAAAAAAAACUAGUACUCAAAGAGCACAUUUUCCAUAACCUUUAGGUAGGUAGGACUGAGGUCUGAAUGGACAGUUCAGCGCCUCUGUUCUCUUUUUAAUAACCUGUAGGGAACACAAUAUAUGGCAUAUACUUGGCAUGUAGGUUUCUCACUUAUGGGUGGCACAUAUU